AUGGCUAUUAUUCUACGAUAUGUAUACAACAAUGAAUAUAUAAUUGAAGGUUUUCUUGGCAUUCAACAUGUGCGAGAUACAACUGCUAGUUCACUCAAGGUAGCUAUUGAAGCUUUGUUUUCUAAACAUGGGCUAAGCAUAUCAAAAUUGCGUGGUCAGGGAUAUGAUGGAGCUAGUAACAUGCGAGGUGAAUUCAAUGGCAUGAAAACACUUAUUCUAAAUAGCAAUCCAAGUGCAUAUUAUGUACAUUGUUUUCCUCACAGACUUCAAUUAACUCUUGUGGCUGUUACAAAGAAGCAUAAUGAAGUUGGAGAUGUCCUUAAUUUUAUUUCUAGCAUUAUAAACAUAGUUAGAGCAUCAUGUAAAAGGAUGGAGGUGAUUAAAGAAAAACAAUAUGCUAGAAUUAUUGAAGGACUUGAAAAUGGAGAAAUUUCUAAUGGACGAGGCUUGAAUCACGAAACUUCUCUUAGAAGGUAUGGUGACACCCGUUGGGGCUCCCACUAUGUUACAAUUAUUUGUCUACUUGUAAUGUUUUCAUCAGUUCUUGAUGUGCUUGAGAUUAUAAGGGAGGAUGGGAUGAACUCAGAACAGAGAACAGAAGCAGUCGUUUUAACAGGUAUUAUGGAAUCAUUUAAUUUUAUAUUCAUGCUUCAUUGUUUAAGAAGGAUACUAGCAGUUACUAAUGAGUUCUCACAAGCAUUACAAAGAAAAGAUCAAGACAUAGAAAAUGUUAUGAGUUUAUUGAAAACAUCAAAGGAACGAUUCAAAAUGAUGAGAAAGAAUGAUUGGGAAUCUUUACUGGAAGAAGUGUCAUCUUUUUGCAUCAAACAUGAUAUUGAUAUUCUAAACAUGGAUGAUGAGUACAAGCUUCGUGGGCGUUCAAGGCAAAAAUCUCAAGGGAUUACAAACCUAUACCAUUUCCGUUAUGAAUUGUUUAACAAUAUCAUUGACAUGCAACUUACUGAGUUAGAUGAUUGUUUUACUGAGACGAGUACAGAGUUACUUCUUUGUGUGGCAUGUUUAAACUCAAAUGACUCUUUCUUUGCUUUCAACAAAGAAAAGCUUCUUUGCCUUGCUCUUUUUUAUCCCAAUGAAUUCUCUAUAGUGGACCUUAUAGUACUUGGUGACCAACUUGAUACGUAUAUUAUUGAUCUAUGUGGUGAUGAUGAGUUCUCUGGUAUUGAAAGUAUUGCUAGUCUUGCAGAGAAAAUGGUAAAAACAAAGAAGAAUUUGAUUUUUCCAUUAGUAUAUAUGCUUAUCAAAUGA